AGUGUCUUAUGACAUUAGACUGGCUAAAUCCCGCGCUCUAACUCCGGUUUGUUCUCUCGGUGAGAGUGAGAGACAUAAAUGCUGAGAGCCUCUGCUUCUCUGCGCCAUAAAUGAUCGAAUGUUACACUUUUUCGAUCCAAUUUUGCUUCCUUUUGGAGGCCUGUCUGGAGGUUGGUUUCACGCUUUUCAAUUCAAGCUUAGUGGCCGUAACCUAACUGCCAUCUCUGUAGUGCUAGAAAAUGUGCAAGCAGUGCUGAUUCCGUGUGCUGGUAAACAACAAAUUUCUGCGCUCUCGAUUUGCUCUAUUCUGUGCCUUUCUGCGCAAAUUUUCCUAUUAAAACCAAAAAAUGAAUGCUGGACGCAAGGAUCAAGAGCAAGCUCAAGCGGCCGCUGCCCAGUCCGGUCAGAGGCCAUCACGACCACCCACUUUCGAUCAGCGCAUGCAGGCAGUGGAGGAGGGAAUCAAAGAACUGGCUGAAAUGAUCGAGGAUUACAAGAGAUGUUACGGAUCGACUGAACCCAAACCGCAAGCCAAGAAGCCGAAGCGCAAAGCAGCGACUGCACCAGCGAGUGCACCUGUGAAUGCGCCAGCGAAUACUCUGGGAAAAAAAGCAACGAAUGCAAACGGCAAGGAGCCCCGAGUGAAGAAACCAACGAGCACCCAAUCCAUGGCACCGACUAGCUACCAAACCAUGGUACAGCCAAAAAUCGAAGCCUCACUGGCAAUGAAGAAUCCACCAACCAUCAAAGCCAUUGAGAAGAUGUGCCAGGCGAAGCACCAGGUGCCACCAAAGAAGAUCAAAUUAAGCUCCCAAUCUGAGGCACCAUUGAAGAUCGAACUGGAACUGGAAAGCUCAGAGGCAGAAUCCGUGGAAUCGACUAGCACCCAGGCUAUGGCACCAAAGAAGAUCAAAGGAAGCUCCCAAUCUGAGACACCAUUGAAGAUCAAACUGGAACUGGAAAGCUCAGAGGCAGAAUCCGUGGAAUCGACUAGCACCCAGGCUAUGGCACCAAAGAAGAUCAAAGGAAGCUCCCAAUCUGAGGCAUCAUUGAAGAUCAAACUGGAACUGGAAAGCUCAGAGGCAGAAUCCGUGGAAUCGACUUUUUCUUUUUAUUAGACACUAUGAAAGUGUGAUGAGGAUGGUCCUCUUCCAAUCGAAAACUAGAGACCUGAUAAAGACUAUUAGUUCUAUAAAUUAA